AAUUGAAAUUUCUUUUUUAAUAGAUGUACAAUACUUAUCUCCUCCAACUCAGGCAUGAGUAAUGUUUAUUUACAUUGCACGAUUGGUCUGCUUAAUAAGGUAUUUGUGGCUUCACUCUAUUCGUCUCUUUCCCUAUUCUCUUUGAAUCACAGAAGUCAAAGUUGGUUGAAACAGAAAUUUCAGCGCCUAACCAUGUCGGCACCAACGGCUGCGGCAUUGGCACACACCAAGCGAGUUUGCUCGCUGUACAAAAAAUCACUGCGCAGUCUGGAAUCGUGGUAUGACCGAAGACAUAUAUUCCGUUAUCAAGCUGUUCUAAUGCGGGCUCGUUUCGAUCAACAUAAAAACGAGAAGGACCCAACCAAAAUUGCCCAACUAGUGGCUGACGGAGAGCGAGAGCUGUUCGAAAAGCAGCAUUUUCAACCGAAGAAAUUCGCCAUGUCCCCGGGAGGGGUUGCCUUCGAGCGUGAGGUUAUCCCACCGGACUGGGUCCUGGACUAUUGGCAUCCACUGGAGAAGGCCCAGUUUCCGGAAUACUUCGCUCGCCGCGAGAAACGCAAACAAGAAUACGUAACCUGGUGGGAAAAGCAGUAUGGCAAAGCUUCAACUACCGAUUCGCACCAUUGAGAGCAAUGGGAAAUUUGCCAUCAAUAUUUUCGAUACACUGCUUCUUUCGUCGAGGAAUAGACAGAUAUUAAUUGUUUAGAAUCAA